CAGAUUAGCCAUGUGGGAUGGGAAUUCAACCUGGCCUUUCAGAAAUGCUCCGUUUGCUUCACGGCUGAAGCUGGCAGGUCGAACUCAUCCAGAGGAGAACAGCAGUGUGGAGCGGCUCCACAUGGAGGAUCAGCUCAGCUCUGAAAGGUCAGACAUGUUCGCUGUGUCUCUGGAGUUGAGGAGAAACCAAAAUACCUGAUUAAGAUCCUUACGACACCCUGCUGGCAGCAGCAACUGCUGCUUCUUGCCCUCCAUCUUCGCUGUGGUGAAUGUCUGACGGUGCUGGACCGGAGAAACGAGUCAAAUGAUUCUCUCAGCACUGAAGUCUGCUGCAGGAAGAGCCGCGAAAAAGAGUGAACAUUUUCCAUCCAGACGCAGCCUGUUGUCUUCCUCUCUGGGAAAGAGGACUGUUUGGGAAGAAAGAAGAUUAAACAAAAGUCUGGGUUCUACUGGUGCCUUCAGCUUCAGUAAGUUUUGACUUCAACUACCGGCCUUAAAAUCUAGAGUUUGGACUAAAGAGGAAGGAGCAACUGGGAGCAAAAUCCAAUAGGAUCAAUACUUCAUUCCUGAAUCCCAGUUCUUCCUGCAGAAACAUAGAUCAGUUAUGUUUCUGAUCCAGGAGAUGUACCCCAUCGCAGCGGUAGUCCUGGGCUCUGCCGCCAUGUUCGGUUCCUCCUGGACCUAAGUCCUUCGGAACCGGAGGGCCGACAUGGCAGUCGGUAAGAUAACCUUCACCAAGACCGAGAGGGAGAAACUAGCCGAAGUCCUCUGGCUGCUCAACUGGAUCUCUGUUCUGACUGGAGUCAUUCUCUUCGGACUGGGCUUGUUUCUCAAAAUAGAGAUCCAGAAAUGGCAGGAAGUGAUGUCAGAGCAGGGGAUCCUCUACGUGCCCCAUAUGCUGAUCACCACAGGCCUGGCAGCCUGCGGCAUCAACUACCUGGGCAGCAAGAUCUGCCUGGACUGCGCCGACACCAACAAGUUCCUCCGCUGGAAGUUGGUGAUGAUGCCGUACAUCGUCUGCACCUUCUGUUACACUGCCUGCGUCCUGGCGGGGGCGCUGCUGUGCUACACUAUUCGCAGUCAGCUGGAGCAGUCCCUGUACCUGGGCCUGAGGAGCGCAAUGUGUUUCUACAAGGACACAGACACACCUGGCCGCUGUUACCUGAAGAAAACCCUGGACAUGCUGCAGAUCCAGUUCCAGUGCUGCGGGAACACCGACUACCGGGACUGGUUCCACAUUCAGUGGAUCAGCAGCCGAUACCUUGACAUGACCAACAGCGCUGUGGUGGACCGCGUGAGGAGUAACGUGGAGGGGAAGUACCUGAUGGAUAGCGUACCCUUCAGCUGCUGCAGCACGCUGUCCUCCAGUCCCUGCAUCCAGCACAACCUCAGCAACCCUGCAGCCCAUCGACACUACGACCAGCAGAGCCAGCAGCUGAACCUGUGGAGGAGGGGCUGCCAACAAGCCCUGCUGGACCACUACACUGGCAUCAUGCAGUCCAUCGCGCUCACGGUGCUGCUCAUUUGGCUCUUUGAGUUGCUGGUUCUGACUGGAGUCCGGUAUCUGCAGACAGCAAUGGAGAACGUCAUCAGGCUUGGCGACCCAGAGUCUGAGUCAGAGGGCUGGAUUCUGGAAAAUAGCCUGGCAGAAACAGCUUGCUACAAUUUCAAUAUCAUCAAGAACCUGGGAAAGUGUUACCAGGUGGAUGAAGACCCGAACAUUAACAUCCCAACCGCAGCUGCAGACCAGGAGGUUCCACCCCUCCAAGUCCGAGUCAGUGUGACCAGCUGACCUUCAGAAAGGUUGAGGACCUCUAAACUGAUCUGCUUUUUUUUCUUGUUAAGACUUAUUUUGUGUGUAUAAAUAUAUGACUGAGAAAGAAACUAAAGACUUGAGGAUGUUCCAGAACUAGAACAGUUCUAUGUUGUUCUUUGAAAAAGGGAAAUACAUCCACUAAAGGUGCUAAAGCAGCCGUGCUAAAACACUGCAGGCAGAACAGCUGUCAGUGUGGGGAACCAGCUGCUAACAUCUGUGGCCUCUAAGGAGAAAGGUCCAAAUGCAGGUUCUGACUGGGUGUGGAAGGUUCUCUCCUGUUACUCUGGCUUUCACUGCUAAGCUGCUCAUUCACGGUUGAAAAGCUUCAUUUUGUUUAACCUGUGUACAAGAUGACAAUAAAGUUUGUCUAAAGCCUCA